AUGGCAGCAGUGGCACUAAAAGGAUUUGACACAAAGUCAAGUCCAUUAGCCCUGCUAGCACAGACAUGUAGUGCAAUAGGCUCCGAUGCAACACCAAAUCCAAAAUUACUUGCAAAUAUUGAGAAAAGCAACAAAAUGCGAGACAAAGUUUCAACGUCACCAAGCGGAAGUCUUAAUGGCAGCUCACCGAGUGACUUUAAGUCAAGUUUCAAGCCAUACGAGUCGAGUGUGCGAGACAAUGAUAUGCCAGAUGAUUUACGAGUAGCGAGUCGACUUAAAGCAGCAAAUGUAAAUGCAAAAGUGAUAACAUCGCCGCAUUCGAAUGGCAUUGAACGAUGCGAAUCAACAGCAAGUACAAGUUCACAGCAUACGAGAAAGUCACCUCCAUCGGCAUCGCCAAAGACGACAAAUGAGAAAUCAAAUUCAAAUUCAUCAAGUGCCUCACUCAAGUCAACAACACCAACAUCCGCAGAAGCUCAGCAACAGAAAUCUCAUAUAGAUAAGGAUAUUGCAGCACUGAGGAGCUUAGCAGCUGCUAGUCCAUAUACAACGAUGCCUUAUCUCAACGGAUAUCCUUAUGCUCCUGGGCCUUAUGCAAAUCCAAUGGAUCUCAUAGCACAACAUCAGUCAAUGUUAAAAGCUGCUGCACUCAAUCCAUAUCUUAACUAUGCUAGGAUGAAGGCAGCAUCAAGUGCUGCGGAUAUGAUGAUGGGAAUGUGUAGGGAUCCAUAUUGUACGGGAUGUAGUUUAGGAUCACAUAUGAUGGCUGGAAAAAAUGGUGCUGGAAGUGCAUGUCCACCUGGAUGUACAUGCGAUCAUUCAAUGAGUAAGGCUAUGGCUUCCAAUCCUGCUGCUGCGAUGGCUUAUCAUGCACAAUUAGCUCAACUUGCUGCUGCUUCUCAAAUGCCGUAUGUCUGCAACUGGGUAGGAACAGACUCAAGCUAUUGUGGCAAAAGAUUCUCUGCAUCAGAUGACCUAUUUCAACAUCUCAGAGCUGAGCACACAGGAAAUGCAAUUCCAGAUGCCCUCCUCAAUGCCUCAUCCGCAUCAACAAACUCAUUACUCGCUGCAUUUCCCCGAACAUAUCCAACACCACCCUUGAGUCCCCUGUCAAGUGCUCGCUAUCAUCCGUACAGUAAAAAUCCACUUCUUCCACCGCCUGGCGCUUCAUCACUCGCUGGACUUCUUCCACCUCAUCCAUCACUUGCUCAAUAUUUCUCACCAUAUGCUGCUCUCUAUCCACGAAUGAGUUCGUCCAAUUUACAGCCAUAAAACUACAUGUGGAUGGGAGAGAAAGAGAGAGGUGAUGACAAGACAUGACAGUUGGCAGUAUGAAUCUUGCUGUGUUUGUGUAAAAAUUUACUGUAUGUUUAUAUGUUUCACGCUCAGUCGGUAGCAGUGAAUUGCAUUUUUGCUGACAACAGCUUGACAUGUGUAUAUAAUUAAUUAACUAAAGUAAAAAAAAAACUUUAUAAAUUUUUUAAAAAGAAAUGAGAGAAAAUCACGCUUUGAGUAUGGAAGUAAUAUUUUUUAGGCGAAAAUGAAUCUUUACUCUUGAUUGUUGGUGAUGUUGAAUCAGAUGAAUAAGUUUGGGUUAGAAAAAUUGUUGAAAAAAUCGGAAAUUCUUUGGGGAGGAGGAAUCUGUCUUUAUAAUUUUGAAGAAAUGAUGAUUAGUUGAACAAAGGUUAUUAUGAAAUAAUCCUAAAAAUCCAUACAAAAAAAUUUCUCCUCUCUAUGACAUCCUGGGUACGCCUCUAAUGGGCACCUAGCCUUGCCCCCAACUAUAAUAUCUUAUAGAAUAUAGCUGUUUAGCCAGAUUUAAGAAUUCUUUUUGCUAAAUUGAUAGUAAAGAAGUUAUUUUUAAUAAUAUUUGAGAAGCUAGAGUAAGUUUUCAAGCCAUUAAAGUGUUAUCGUAACAUACAACCUCAAAAACUUACUCCCACUCGAAUACUCAAAUAAGAAGCUUUUAGCAACAAUCUUAAGAGACCCAAACUAGCUUCACUAAAUUUUUUAAACUCCUCUUUAUGAUUAUUCCCAUGACAUAACCUCAAUAACUCAAAUCGGCAAUCAAAAACUCAUUUCUGAAAAAUUUUACAGUCUGUUGAAAGCCAUAAAAAUUCUCAAAGAAAAUUUGCGAUGUAGAAAAAAAAUGUUUAAAAUUAACUCUUUGUUUUACACACAAAAAUUAUUUUUUGUUUGCCUCAAAUAAUUUUAAUUACCCUUGAAAUUAAUGAAAAUACGAUUUACUGAAAAAGAAAAAAAAUUGACAAUUUUAUUUUUUUUUCCUCUUUUUUAAUGUUUUUAUAAAA